UACAGCGCGUCUCAGCCUGUGCUCUGCUCUAUAUUAAUAGGCAGCUGUGUAUGUGCAGAGCCCUUCACUCGUGCAGAAGAAGGGUCUCUUCAUGUGGUAGGGUCCGAAGAACAUCAUGGAGGUACUGGAUGUCCUAAACCUGGGCGAAAUUGCCCAGUAUUUCUCGAAGAUGGCGAUGUUUCCAGUCUUUGAUCUCGCUUAUUAUAUCGUGUCGAUACUCUACCUCAAAUAUGAACCAGGUGCUGUUGAGGUGUCCCGUAAAAGCCCUGUGGCCUCCUGGCUCUGCGCUAUGCUCUAUUGCUUCGGAAGUUACAUUCUAGCAGACAUCAUGCUAGGUGUGUCUCCAAUCGACUAUUUCCAUAACAACAGUCACAUCCUCCUCGCCUCAGCUGUCUGGUACCUGAUCUUCUUCUGCCCUCUAAACCUGUUUUACAAAUGUGUGGCGUUUCUGCCUGUGAAACUCGUGCUAGUGGCUUUGAAGGAAGUCGUCCGAAGCCGUAAAAUUGCGGCUGGAGUCCAUCAUGCUCACCAUGCCUACCAUCACGGGUGGCUGAUCAUGAUUAUCACUGGUUAUGUCAAGGGGUCAGGGGUCGCUCUCAUGGCCAAUUUCGAGCAGCUGUUGCGUGGAGUGUGGAAGCCAGAGACCAAUGAAAUCCUCAACAUGUCAUUCCCUACCAAAGCCAGUCUGUAUGGAGCCAUUCUGUUCACACUACAGGAGGCUCAUGUGCUCCCUGCAUCAAAGAGCACACUCAUCUGCCUCUUCACUCUCUUCAUGGCCACAUCCAAGGUGGUUAUGACGGCCCGUCACUCUCACGGAUCGCCCUUCGCCCUCGUCGAGCACUGGGUGUGCCACCUGCUGUUCGGAUCUCCCCUCGGCGAAGAAGAGUCCCACGAUCACCACCACUCCGCACCCGCCGCUGCCUCCGCAUCCCUCUCUCCUGCCAAAACCAAGGAGGACCUGAGCGAAGGAACCCGCAAGAGAAAGUCAAAGAAAGCCGAGUAGAGCAUCAGCAAUGACAGAAGUCAUGAACCUAAUCUGUGGUAUGACACAGGGGCUCAGCUCCGCCUGAGAAAAGAGGGAAUUUAAUGUUAAACCAAUGCAAGUAUUUGAAUGGUGCUUUUGAGAACAGACAUGCCACAUACAUAGGGACUCUGUAUAUAGCUUCCCAAAAUGUGUGUCUUUGUUUAUUUGUCAUAAUGUUUUAUAUCAUCGAAGCCCCAUUUGCCCAUCUGCCAAAGUGCUGAUGCACAGUAUGAAAUGAACAGACGGAUAAUGAAUGAAUGAAAGAUCAUAAGAAAUAAAUCUGCAGACUUUGAUUUCAGACUCCAUUAAAAGGUCUAUCCAAACAACUUAAGGAAACAGAAUAAUUUGCGUCCCUGAAUGCUUUUUACAUCCAAUGGAAUGGAAAAAAAGCAAAUAUAUUUUCAAAAAAAAUUAAAUUAAAUUAUUUUACAGCCAAAAGCAUACGAGUAGUUGUUUCAGAUUGUUUAUAUCUGUUACUAACCUUGUCACAUUUUUAUGUCCUCAGUGAUAAUGGAAAAAAUAAAUUUGAGAGAGUGAAUCAUAUACGAUAUCUCAUUGAUAAAUUGUCUCUGCGUACUUGUCAUGUCACUUAAUGUGUUGGUUAAUGUUAAAGUGUUUUAAAAUUAUGUUUCACAGAAAGUACAGAAUUGGCUUUUUUGUUUCAAAUGGAGAAUACAAGGUGAAGACCUUGUUUGAGGAUGGAUAUUGUUUAAAUGACAGAUUUUUUAAAUAUCUAGAAUAUUAAAAAAAUACAUUUCUUUGAAAAAUAAUGACAUGGCACAUUUUCAAAAGAGCACAAAUGUCUUACAGAAUAGCCUAUUGGUUUGAUCAGUCAAAUUAAUAUGAAACCAUUACAUUUGAUUGUUAUUCUGAAUAUGAUCAAAUACAACCACACCAUCAUUACAAAUCAAAAAAUGUUCAGUAUUUUUUGUGAGCCAUAAAUGAACUUUUAUUGAAACA